CUUGGCUAACUCCUGAAAGCUGUGGGUGGGGAGUCCUUGAAAGAAUCUGGAUGGGAGACCACCAGAUCAGCCCAAGACCAGGAGCCAGAUUCCAGAAAGAUGCACCACAGGCGCAAAAGCUGCAGAGGAGGAUCAGCCAAAAGGAAACUGGACUUUUUCACGCCUCCUAUCUAACUCUCCUAUCUAACCCCGGGGCUGCUGCUCCUCCUCCUCUUGCCUUUCUCAGCCUGGCAACUUUGAUGCAAAUCCCAGGAUCCCCCAGAGAGCGAGGCUGGCAUCUGCCUAGUGUAGAGUUGCCCCGGCUGAGGCUGGCUGGCUUCCCACGGCCCCCUUGGCCAAAAGCAGCCAGAGGGCUGACUCGGCAAACCGAGGCUCCGCAACGGCGGCUAAGGGGCUAUUUGAGGGGCCGUUGCCAGGGCGCCUUCGCGCAAACGCCCAUCGAAGCUGCGGCUUCCCCUGCCUGGACCCCAAAUCCGCUCCCGGCCCGGCCCGGCCUCCUCUGCUUCCCCGCGGUCGCCUGCUCGCCUGGCCCGGGGCGCGCCCAGCACGGCGGCGGCGACAGGAGGGAGCGGCUGGGCCGGGUGUGGCCGGCAGAUAUGAUUGACAUCAGCAGCUCCCAGAAACUCUUGAUGAAAACAGGACUCAUACUGAUUGUCAUUGGUCACCUGAACUUCAUUUCGGGAGCCCUGGUCAAUGGGACAGUCUUGCGCCACAUUGCCAACCCUCAAGAUACCAUUUCGUUGCAGUAUGCCAUUUCUAACAUCAUUUUGGCCAUCUCGGCCAUCUUGACAAUAACCUGUGGAAUAGCAGCUAUUGUGCUUUCCAGAUACCUGUCCCAAAAACCACUGGCAUGGGCUGUUUUCUCCCUCAGCAUCAGCAGCAGCCUCCUCUCGCUUUUCUGCCUGGUGGGGCUGGCGGUGGCCAUUGGCCUGACCUUUGCCAACAAGGGCCACGCCCUUUUGUCCCUCUGCACCUUUGCUGACAUGGAGGUCAUUCAGAUCACCCACGAGUGUCCCUUCGACCCCACGCGGAUCUAUAGUUCUGCCCUGGUCCUCUGGGGAAUCUCCUUUCUCUUGGACUCUGUGGAGAUCAUCUUCAGCAUCCGCUGCUUUCUUAUCACUCUUACGAUCCUGAACUUGAAGCUUUGUUGCAGGGAGAAGCGCAAGAAGAAGAUCUCGCUGGCGUUCGUCACCGCCCAGAGCAGAGACUCCCGCGAGGGACGGGAUCUGCUGAGGAUGGAGCGCUUGGGCGUUGUGCAGCUGUAGAGGCCAAGCGUGUCGCUCAGAAGAGCCUGGCAGGCGAAACCUUCACGGACUCUUCUGUGGCACCUUUCCGACCGUCCCUGGUCAGUGUCACCAUCUGACUUCCCUGAUCACUGGGAGGGCUGGAGCCUGCCAGGAGAAAUGGCUGAGGUCUGCUGCCGCGGCUUCUACCAAGCAAUGGACCGUCUUGUGUUUGUGCAUUUCUCCAGCUCGUCCUCUGGGUGAGGUUUCUAGCUCUGACUUCUUCCUCUUUUAUUCUGAUGCACCCAUAUGCCUACCCUCAUGUGCGACUCUCCUAGGAUGGGCAGGCUGCAGGUUCCAGCAUUACUGGAACAUCUGGACGGAACCUGGUGUUCUCUUCAGUGGGGGGGGGGCAAUGAUGCUCUGGGUCAUUCUCAGGAGCCAAGUUACCCAGAGUGAUGGGAGCCUGAUGGCCAGAGAAGAGACUCCAGCUGGGCCACUCAGGGGAAAGGACGGACUUCUCUGACAUGUUGCUUUCACCAAGUUUGUAUUUUGUUAUCACAGCUUAAAACAUGUAGUUGUUUCCAUUGAAAACCAUGGAAAAUGGCCUUUAGAUUAUUGGUUUGUUGACAAAACUGCAAAUCCUCCCUCACUUUGCUUAUAUCUGUAAAUAUGCAAAUCUAUUGAAAUAAUGGAUUGGAGGGAGGGGCAAUGGAUCAACCAGCUGCAAAGGAGGCUGAUUGGGGGGGUCUCAGCUGGCAUCCUGAGGAAUGGAGAUGCCAGGCCAGUUUCAGCCCCAGAGGCUCCCUGGGGGGAGGGGGGAAUGUUGGUCCAGCAAUAUACUCUCAGCCAACCUACCUCACAGGGUUGUUGUGGGGAAUGCCAGGAGGAUGGAGUAUUGUUUUCUGCCUUAAACUCCUGGACCAAAGAUGGAAUAAAGA